GUUACUCAGCCAAUAGUGUAGAAUGAAACAACUGCAGAUUUUUCUCAUUUUAAAGUGGAUGAAGAAAAAAUAACUUCAAACAGCAGUAGUCUAGCUCCAUCAUUAACCGAGUUGCAGGGUGUAAAUCCUUGGAUUAUCGAACUCAUUGAUGAUGACAAUCCAGAGAUGCCGACCAAAUACAACAACAAUGAUACAGACCAAGAAGCCAUUCUCACUUCCAAUGCUUCCUAAAUGGACCUUGAUGAUGGAGACCCUGAUGACAAUUCAGAAAUGCUGAACAAAUGCUACAACAUUAAUGAAGACCGAGAAGCCAUUCUUACUUCCAAUGCUUUCUGCGUGUACAUUGGUGAUGGGGACGUUGGUGACCUCGAUGUUGAAGAUUCUAAUUUCGAUGACCAUACUAAAGAUCCCAAUUACUCACCACAGUCCUCAGAAGUGUCUGAUGGAGAAUCUACAUUGGAAGACAGUUUCAUCUACACCAAAGAAAAUGAGGAAGAUAUUCCAGUCACCAAUGAAGGUAUUGAGUUACAAGAGGGAGAUGGGAGACGAAAUAUUUUAGUGCUAGUACUAAAAGACAAUACCUCACACCAGAUUUAAACUUGUCUAAAAUGUAUGAGCUAUACAUUGAAAAAUGUAAUAUUGAAAAUAUAAUUCCCACUAAAAUUAAUGUGUACAGGAAAAUAUUCAACACUCACUAUAACCUUUCAUUCCAUAAACCAAAAAAAGACACAUGCAUCAUUUGCGAGAAAAUGAAAAACAUGUCAGAUGGAGAAAGGCUGGAGAAUCAAGAGACUUUUGAUAAUCAUAUGAAGAAUAAGAGUUUAGCGAGGUUAGACAAGGAUUAUGACAAACUUGAAGCUAAAGAA